AUGGCCGACGAUGUGCUACCACCACUUGCAGGAAUUGCAAAGGAAAUCUGUGACUAUUUGAAUUUAAACGGUAGUGAACUGAAGGAAGAGAUCAUUUCAAAUUUGUUACUUAAUGGACGUCACAAACUAUUUGACUAUGAAGAAUAUUUAAAAGAAUUAGUACCCGAAAUGCUAUCAGUUGAAAAAGCCUAUUCACCAGGGCAAACCACUGGAACUCAUCUAUUACGGUUAUUGAAGCAGCACGUCGAAGAUGAGUGGAGCAGCAUGGUAGUGAGUGAAACAACAAUUAAAUUGUUUUUGGAAAAAGUGAAAAAUGUUAACAGUGUGCAUUACAACGAUGUGUUGACAAGAGUUGCAGAAUACGGAGCAAAGUAUACUGAAUCUUCAUCUAUACUAUCCGUUGUUUUGCAACUUCAAUUUGACAUUGAUGAUGAGAUUUUAACAACAGAAACCCAUUUCAAUGAUUUGUGGAAGACAGUUAUAGAAAAGGGUUUGAAAAGUGCUGAACCAUUCAAUAACUUUCUAGACUAUAUUUCUGAAGAUGAGUUAUGUCAACAAACGAAACCUAAUUCAGCGUUAUCCACAGCGCUACGUCUGCAUUAUUACACAGAACUAAGUAAGAUAUCUUACGAUUUGAAGAUUCCUGAUAAAGAGCAGCUAUCUAACUUCGCUGCCGAUAAGAUUAUGAGUGACGGUUGGAACUCCUGUAUUAAAUCUGUUAAAUCAAAAGUAAAUAACAGACAGUACAAAUCAAUGCUACAAUUACUUUCAAAGAAAUUCGGCCUCUCAGUCGACAUUACAGCAUCUAGCGAUCAAUUACCUCCCGUCACAACUUCAGAAGCGGUGCCAUCGUCGUCAAAUACAACUGCUACAAUAGUUCUCCGUGCAGCAAAAGCUGUGGCUGCUGCUACAGAUUCACAGUUGAGCGACGACUUUGUAUUUUUGGAAGAAAACACUGAUAGUACAGCGCCAUUAACUCGACAGAGUCAAUCACUUGACAUUGAGUCACUUCUGUCACCACCAGAUACAAACGUAGUUGCUUCACCACCAACAACAAAUAACAGUUAUAUUGCUGAGAAUACUGAUGUUAUAUUGCAUUGUAUUGCUUUAAACUCUUUAUCUUUGGAGAAUUUAGUUGAAGCUGGUGAGUUAUUGUAUGCUAAUAAAACCCUAAAAGAUAUAGCACAUGAACUUGUUAAACGAUUAAGCGAUCGGAAAAGUACAUUACCGAAUUUUAUUCAAGAAUGUCUAGUACCUAUCAUGUUUCUACUGAAACGUGAACAAAACCUCGAUCAUUUUAUGAGACUUUUAACAUCAACAUUCAAGAAAGCAAAACUUAAAACUAUUUCAACAACAUUUCAUCUAAACUUACGUACAUUACUGCAUGUAUUAUGUAUGAACAGUGAUUGGUUUCUGCGUCGCGUAAUCACCUCUUUAGUCAAUAAACGGAAUCCAGUCCCAUUUGUUCAACCGAAUAUCGCUAAUUUUUUAAAAUCAGCUGCAGGUGAUAGAUACGAAUUUACAUCAUCGAUUAUUCACGUUUGGAAUCAUAAACAUCCUACUCUGCUCUCAUUCGGCAUCGGUACAGAUUGUAAAGGCAAAUCCUCUCUAUUGAACACAUUGUUUCUCUGUACAUUUGAACAGAGUCUUGAUACGUUCUAUUUUCAACAAACAAUUGACAUUGAUUUUGCUUAUUCAUUUCUACCGGAACGACCAUUUAACACUGCUGACUGUCACGGUGAACUUACUAUUGAUUUACUAAAUAAAAUUCAGUCGUUAUUUGACGGUUAUCUCAUUCACAUUAGACAGAGUUAUUUAAAUAAAAAUUCAAAAGUAUUGACUGAAUAUUUGAAACAAUUACCGAAAGAGAAGUACUGUUGCAUCGUUGUACGUGAUAUUGUACCGGCGUCAGAUACGGAUGAGUUAGAACGUGAAUAUGAAACAAUUAUUAAUUCAGAGUUACAAUCGUCAGACAAAAGAUUAAUAUGUCCGUUAAUUAAUCUGAACAUAAACGAUACAGAAAGGCAAGAUAUAGUCGAUGAUUUGCGUGAAAAGAUUCUUGCAUCAUCCUCGGAACGAAUUUCAAUGCUUAUUCCCAAAGAGCAGCAUCAAAGUGACUUACAAAAGCUCUUGAAUACCAAUUACGUUGAUUAUCUCAAUAAAAUGAAAGAUAUUAUCACACCGUUAAAACAAUGUAUUCUUGACAAAGACCUAGAUAAUCAGCAGAACCAAAAUAAUAAUAUACCGUUAUAUUUGAAAUUUGUAAAACUUUGUAAACUUAGACAACAAUUGAGAAAAAUCGAUUUCUACGGUUCUGGUAGUGGAAAAGUCUUUGUUGUUAGUGCAGAAAUACUUACACUAGAGAAUGAAUCGAAUCCAGCACCGGGCAAAGUAUUUGAACUAUUCUGUGAGAUUUUACAGAAUGAACACAAGUUAAUGAGUCUCAAUCUUCUGUCAGCAGAAUUAAAACAAGAAUUGAAAGGACAAGGUUCUGAAAAGUUAGCUGGUAAUUUAACAGUAGCAAAUUCAUUUCAGUCAUUAGAAGUAUUGUGGCGUAAUGCAAUUGUUUGUUACGAAAACACUUCAGUUGAAAUUCAAAAGCUGAUAUUAGAAUCUUACCUUCAAUAUGUCUCUGCUGGUUUUCCAUUUGAGUUGAUUGAUGGUGAUCAAUUCUAUUUUCAUUAUAAAUUUCUCACGAAUGUAAUGGCACAUUUUAGACACAAACGUAUACUAGUUAUCAGUGUUCUUGGACCACAGAAUAGCGGCAAAAGUACACUAUUGAAUUAUAUGUUUGGUACACUAUUUGAAGUACGUGAAGGUCGCUGCAGUCGUGGUAUCUAUGGUUCACUUGUAAAAUGUAAGAACAUUCCUGAUAUUGACUAUAUUCUCCUUAUAGAUACCGAAGGUCUUCUCUCAAUUGAAAAGAAUGAUAGAGAAUACGAUCUUUGUUUGGUAUUAUUUUGUUUAGCCGUUUCUCAUCUGGUCAUCGUAAAUAUUCUGGGUGAUAUCAACGAAACAAUAAAAGAUAUGCUAACACUCUGUGCGGAUUCAUUAAAACAGUUAAACGCUGAUACAGUACCAAAACCAGCUAUACAUUUUAUUCUUAAUCAAAAAGCUGAUCCAAACAUUAAAAAUCAUGAGGAAGCUAUAAAUAUGAUAAUUACUGAUUUAAAGCAGAAAGAUUUAGGUGGAAUGAUCGACAUUAGAACUGACACUUUUCAUGCUUUGCCGUCUGCCUUUAAGAAAGAACGGUUAUCAGAUAAUACAAAUACUCCGUGUUUUCUUCGAACUGAACCGGAUUUCAUUGAGAAAACACAGGAAUUAGUUUCAGAAAUUACAGAUUCUGCCAAAAAAUGUUAUGACCGAACUGAUAUUGCAAAUUUAACACCUCCUCAGUGGAUUUCCCGAUCGAUUACAAUAUUUGAUAUCAUACAAACAAAUCCAGAUCUCACAUCUUUUAAGAAUCUCGAUGAAAAACGACUACACGAAAAGAUUCAGAAGCAAACGGGUGAUCUUGUAUUAAAGACGUUUUCAUCGGAAUAUCGAUUGAAGCUGAUUGAACAGUACGGUAAAGAGCGUGAAGAAGACAUAAAGCAAUUAUUUCAAUCAAAAUUUCAACAACAUCAAGAAGUACUUAGUAAAGAAUUAGAAGAUAUCUUCAAUUUUGAAUAUGCAUCAGACCGUAUCAGAAAACGCUGUCAAGAAUUUUUAGAAAGUCAAAUUACUGAAACUAAGAAUGCAUGGUGUAUCGCUACAAUUCAAACAUCUGAUCAAAAGCAAAUGGAAUUAUUUGUUCGUAAUGGUGAAGCUGAAUUUCGUAAUUUAAUUGACACUAUAAUACAGGAGGGAAGAAUUAUGACAAAAGAGAAUGCAACGGCUAAUUUCGAAGAAAUGUGGCAGAAUAAAAUUGCAUCUAUCAAAAGUAAAUUUAUUCCUGAUAAACGUUUGGAGCAGGCAAUUAAGUUUGUCUAUGGUCAUUACUCUAUCUUUGAAAGAAAAUUUCUACAGUCUGCUCAAAGCAUGAUCACUACAUUACCAUUCAUCACAUCAGUUACAAUGUCGCAGCAUACAGAGUGGGAAGCAUACCGAUUUGAUUUAAGUAACCAUUUUAAUAAUGAAGUGUUGAAACUAAAUGCACACGAACGCCUAAGAGACUUGGAGACAUCGCCAUCUAAGUUCACUAGUUUAUCAGUUGAAAAUUUCGUUUAUUUGAACAAACAAAUAUUGGAGGAGAGAUACUUCGCUUUAUGCGGGAAACAUUUGCAUUCAACCGAAGCAAUCUCAGUUCAAAGUGAUGUUACAGAUGAGACUGCAUCAGAUGUUUCUCCUAUGAUCGUUCGUAAUACUAUUACGACAACAAUGCCAGCUGUUCUACACCACAAUACUAUCUUGAUGCCUGGUUUUCCUGCAACAACUACUUCUUCCAACGAACCAGAAAAGCAAUACAAUUUAGUUCAAAAGAUUAAGAAAGCAAAACUUACUACUAAAUUCCAGUCGUCGAAACCUACAGGAAAACUACUUGAUAUUCGUUUUCGUACAGAUAUUAAGUCAACGAUCAAAGAUGAACUAGAUAAACAUCCCGAUGACGGUGUUAUGCAUCCUAUUGAAAAUGAUCUCAUACAAAAAAUUGUUUGUCUAAUCAAUACAAUAACAGAUGAAAUCAAUAUUGAACUGUCUGUAUUUGAAUUAUCAUUGUCACGACCAUUGAUUGCACGAAUUCACAUUAAUGUUCUUCAGCUAUUAAUUGUUUUACAUUUCAAAGAGCAACAAGAUCAUUUUCAUAAGCAGUUAGAAAUACUCGAUAGAGAGAAGACAUCAAUACUAACUUCAUUUAUAAGCUGCACAGUACCUGAUGUAUCGUGCGACAAAGAAAGUGGUGAACUGUUUGUCUCGAAAAUAUUGGAUGCAAUUUCUCGUAAUCUGACUGAUAAGGCACAAAUUAUUAUUGCAAAUAUACUUCGACAGGAAGAGAAAUUAAGUAGAAAAGAAUUACAAGUAAUAUGUGAUGGAAAAUUACAGCAAUCUGAUGACGAAUGGUUACUGAAAUAUAUUGAGCAGCCUAUUGAUAUAAUUGUUGAUGAAUUUAAAAUUCGAUGGGAAGCUAUUGAACAAUUGAUUCAACAACAACUGAUAAGUGAAAAAAAUCUACAAAAACUAAUACUUGAUCAAUUCUUUCAUUAUAUCAGAAGGCUAUCAAUAGCCUUAUACAAUGAAGGAAGCGCAGUAAAGUUUAUUACCGAUAUUUUCGAGGCAUCUGCUGGAACAGCAGCAGAAAAUCUGAAAAAUAAAGGACAGUGUAUGACUUAUCUUCUGUAUGCAUGGUUCACGAACAAACCAAUCCAAUUGAAUAUGCCAUUUACCGUAUGUAAUAGCACCUAUAAGUUAACUGCAAAAGGAGUCAACUAUUUUCAAAACCUAACGAAACCUCAGUCUGCAUUGGCUAACCUGAUGGAGUUUGUCUCUAAACUAGAUUUAACUUUUUUUGGAAAGAAUCAAGUACGAGUUACAUCGAUUAAAAAUUUUUCACUGUUCUUAACAAGUAUCACAGACAUUGAAAACAGAGCAAUGGAACAAUAUAAUUCAAUACCAACAACAUUUGAAAGUUAUGAUAAAGAUCAAUCGUAUAUUAAACUGCUUGAUAAAGCACGAGGGUGCAAAGUAAAAUGCCCAUGUUGUUCACGUCCUUGUGAUGCCGAUCAUGCUCUGAUUCGAUCUAGGCCAGGUGCUCAGGAUAAUAAACAUUGCUGUAAGAGCGGACAUCAGCUACGUGCAUUUGCCGGUAUCAGAUUUGAACAAACAAAUGAAGCAAGUCUCUAUCAGUGUAAUAAAAUUGAUGAUACUGAUCUAAUUGUUGUCAAAGUAACGACAACACCUCAUGAUGCAGAUGCAUUGAGAACUAAAUUUCUCUUUGUCUGGGGUAAAAUUGGUCGAAAGUUUUGUGAUAAAUUUAAAAUGGAAUUUAUUCAUCAUAAUCGGCCAAGAGUUCGUGGUGAAGCUUAUCAUUAUAUUUUAUUGUUAGACAGUUCACCUUCUAUGAGUGGAGAUAGAUGGACAAGUUUAAUUGCCGGUGUAAAAGCAUUAAUUAGUGCUCGUAUAGCUAGUGGUACAGAUGAUCGAGUAACAAUAAUAACCUUUGCUUCGAAAGUCAAACUAUUUUGUGUGAAUGAGAAAAUGAAAGAUGUAGAUACAACAAAAAUUACUCUCUCAGGCUGGGGAACUAAUUUUUCUCCAGCAUUUCAGUCUGUAAUUGAUACAAUAGAAAAUGCAGCAAAAGCAAGAAAUAAUCUAUCGACAUCGUCAUCGAAGUAUAUUAUUGUAUUCAUGAGUGAUGGUGAAACAUCAUAUCCAGAGACUGAAAUUAAUGGUUUACAACUUAUGAAAGGAGAUAUUAUUAGGGAAUUUUGGACAGUAGCUUUGGGUAAAGGGCAAGUGGAAGUCUUAAAACAGAUUAAUACUAAAAUGGGUGGAACUUACAAACAGUUAGACGAUCCAACUGAAUUAAUUCAAGUCUAUGCAGAAAUCGCACAAGGAUAA